AUGGCUGAAUCCAGCAAGAGCCCUUCGACCCUCCCAAACCCGAAUCGGUUCAUCACCGACCACAAUGAGCAGGGCCUCGCCGUGUUCAACACGUCGCUCGCGGAGCCCAUCCCGGCCCAGGUCAUCAACAACGGCGACACUUUCUACCUGGGCUACACCACCUCGGGCACUCCCGUCGACUUCAAUAACAACGCGGACGUGGACGCCUAUGCCAAGCACCUGGCCGACCCGCCCGGGAUCGUGGUUCCCGGCGGGUCGGUGCUGCGGAUCGUGGACCUGCGGCCCGGCGGCGAGAGCCCCAUGCACAGGACCGUGAGCCUCGACUACGGCGUGGUGCUGGAGGGCGAGAUCGACCUGGUGCUGGACUCGGGCGAAGUGAGGGCCAUGAAGAGGGGCGACGUGAGCAUCCAGCGGGGCACCAACCACCUGUGGAGGAACAGGAGCAAGACCGAGUGGGGAAGGAUGCUCUACGUCCUGCAGGACUCCAAGCCCGUCUCCGUCGGGGGCAAGAAGCUGGGCGAGGACUACGGUGUCGGCAUGGCGGGCGUCAAGCCGUCUGGGAAUUAG